GCCAAAGUAAUCCAUUCCGUUACGGAAAAGCUGUAUUGCCCUGUUUGAAUGCGUCCUUGCAUAUCAUUAUACGAGCAUGGCUUGUAUAAAUAUCCUCAGUCCUUGGCUGCAUCAUUCUCACUGUUUUCUCCAAAACAUCACCGCCUCCUCAACUUUUACUCAACGUUUUCGUUAUGAUUCUAGUUUCAUCCCAUGGCGAGAAGAACGAGGAGAAGGCCAAAGGACAGGACUGUUCGACGGGCUGCUGCGGGGAGCUUAAACAUCUACAGGAACUGAUACGCCACUACACGACGCCCGGCAUCGCUCCACCAUCUGCUCGCAUGAUUCCCAAUGUCAAGGUCGAACACAAGCCAGACUUCAGGUUAUGGCAUUGGUGGAAGUAUGGCUGGUUUGUGGCUUCAAAGGCCACACAAAUGACCGGAGACGCGCUCGUACACACUAUCUGGGGCCCCAGAAAAAAGUCAUGGGGUAUCCAAAUGACUCUUAUGUCAAGUCUCAUGCGUAACGCUGGUCAACACACGGAUCUGAUGGAUGUUCCUUCUAUUCGUAUGUUUAUGGGUAUGGGUGGUAUGGGUCCUGCACCACCAGACGCGCUCGUGACGCCGGUCACAUUUCACGUCAAGAAGUGCCGUCUCCGUGGUAUUCUCGAGGAAUUCGAUCGUCAAGAAACAGGCAAACGCGAACUUUCUGGAGAAUGGGUCGUCGGAAAGCGCACCUGGAAUCGGCUUCAGACAGAGUGGAAGGCAGCUCAGAUUGGUGAGAGAGGAUCCCACACUUUCGCCAAGAAGACGGAACGUGUUAUGCUCUACAUUCAUGGAGGCGCAUACUAUGUUGGUAGUGCAUCAGAAAAGCGCGUGAUUUCCGUGCCUUUGGCGCAGUACACCGAUUCUCGUGUCUUCUCACUCGAUUAUCGACUUGCACCAGAGACCCAUUUCCCUGGGCCCCUCCACGAUGCUGUUAUUGGUUACUUCCGUCUUAUCGACGACUUGCACAUUCCACCGGAGAACAUUAUUGUCUGCGGAGACAGUGCUGGGGGAGGCCUAUCACUGGCUUUGUUGAUGUAUCUUCGAGAUAAUGACUAUCCGAUGCCAGCAGGGGCGAUCCUGAUGUCUCCAUGGGUUGAUCUUACCAUGAGCGGCGAGUCAUGGGAAUCAAACGCACAGUACGAUGUCAUCCCGGUAUUCUCACCCAAAGACCACAUGAACCCGAUUGCUAAUUACUUGGGAGACAACAUUGAUCGAUACUUGAUGCAUCCUUACGCCAGUCCGCUGUUCGGUGAUUUCAAAGAUCUCCCACCCCUUCUCAUCCAAUCUGGAGACUCCGAAGUUCUGCGGGACGAGAUCGCCCUGCUCGCACACAAGGCGGAACUAGCGGGCGUAAACGUUCGUCAUGAACUUUAUCAGGAUGGCGUUCAUGUUUUCCAAACCUUCCCAUUCCUAGAGGUGUGGUCGCGCUCGUUCAUGGCGAUGCACGACUUUGUCCGCAAUACGCUCCAUCAUCUCCAGCGUGAAUCUCCCCAGGUUCUCGCCGACAAGGCUGAGAGAUCUAUGGAACAGGAAAUCGACACACAUGCUGCGCUCGUUAUCAGCGCUGAUGGGACGGAGACUUCUGUGGGAGUGGAAGGUGCCAAGGCGUCUUUGCUUGAUGAGGAUGGGCACGACACAGCGGAUAGCCAUUGUCUCAACUGCGGGCGCCGCCAGGAUUCUAGUUGGUCCUCGUCCUCGGAGACCGAUGUAGAAUCUGAGGAAGAGGUCGAUAUCAAGAUAUCCGUUGUCCCGCCAUCCGACAACCCUUCGCCUUUGGUUACCCGGUCAAAUACCGAGGAUGAUUCGGAGGUUCUUCCUCCAUCUAAGGGAUUGAAGCGCGUCUCGUCUGUAUCUUCGAUUUCGUCCACUCUCACUGACUCGCCGCCGUCAUUGUCGAAACCUCUGCCGGAUCGGAGCAGGCCUUUGCAUCUCGCUAAUCCUAUAGCUGAGCGUUGGCACCAGGCGAAGAGUCGGAGCAGGAGCAGGAGCAGGAGCAGAAGUCCUUUCAGGAGGCCUCUGACUCCGGAGGUGGCUAGACAAGUUGAGAGCUGGUCCUGGCACUUUUGGUCUAGUUAGAUUAUUUAACGCCAAAGAUAGAUUCUUUGCAAUACUGUACCAAUGGUUAAAUAUGCGUCGGGAAAUUGUAACUUAACCUCUAAGGGCGAUAGCAUGCAGUUCUACUAAACCCAAUAUUUACUUGCUUCAUUAGGUAGUGAUAUAUCUACCGUUAUCAUUGUAUGAUUGGCAUAAUCUUCUUCCCACCACUACAAGUGAACUGUGUACU